AUGGCUUCUUUCUACAAGGCGGCAGCAGCAGUGUGCCUCGUUGCACUCGGCGUGCUCGAAUCAGAGGCGCAGCAGGAUUCAGCAACAUAUAAGUUUAAAGUAGUGGAGGUAGAUGAAGACGCCUACUUUGCAACAUAUAAGUUUAAAGUAGUGGAGGUAGAUGAAGACGCCUACUUGUCCGCCAACUUGGCCCGUAAUGGAAAGCUCCCAGUUCACAUCAGUGAAGUCACAAAGGACGAAAGCCUUGUCACUGAGUUGACGGAGAAAAUUGAAGCGCAGCCCGCUGCGGAGAACUGCACUGCAUUGAUAACCUCCGAACUGAAGGCGCGCUUCCAUUACUCUUUCGAUCACGAAUCCGAGUCGGAGGCCAGUUUCGACUACCGUCAAUUACUGCAGGAAGCCCUUGACGCAGGAUUGACAGUCUUCAACACUACAAUCGGGUGCGUCAUUGGACGGUGUACCGAAGUAGCAACUCCAGAGGAGCCAGAAGUUCCGGAAUUGCUUCAAAAUGGAGCUGGCGGUUCAGAAACACCGGAAGGAACUCUACAAAAGAAUGCUGUACUUUUCUGCCAACUCAAACCGGCGGCUGUGAAGGACUCGGCCCCCUUUGAUGAGGAGUAUUUCAGCGGGCUUAUAGAACGAACCACUCAAUUAAAAGAUAUGACAAAAGACGACCUGAAGAAUUCGGUUGGAAAUGGCCCUGUAGCAACGGCCUCUACGAUUCUAAUUGCCGGUUUGGUUGCUAUGCUGACAGCCGUCUCUGCCUAG